CAUCGAGGAAUCAUAUGCCGUGCCUGCGAAGAACCUAUUUUCGGCGUACGUCACAAGUGUAUCGAAUGCUCCGACUUCGACCUCUGCAAGGCUUGCAUAUCAUUGGUACCUAUUCGAUCGCAACACGAGCACACCCAUACUUUCUUUCCAAUCGAGUAUCCUUGGGACCAACGCCCAUUUUUUGAAGUCUCAACAGUGUCAUGCGAAGUCUAUCCUGAUAUCGAAUGUGAUGGUUGCGGGCAACAUCCAGUCUUUGGCGUUCUUUACAGGUGCUCUUCGUGCGAUGAAUUUGAUUUCUGCUCUGCAUGCUUCAACAGCGCCGAGGAACGCUCCGAACACGACAUCUCCCACGAUUUCUUUCCUAUCCAGACCAGUCUCGAACAUGGACCGGCUUCUUCCUCGGACCACGAGGGUACUACGGACAAGACCAGCUGCGAUGGCUGCCAGCGUCGAAUCUAUCGCAUUCGACAUCGGUGCCUGGAAUGCACAGGCUUUUCCCUUUGUCGGCUCUGUAUUUCGUCCGUUCGGCGGCGUUCAGAGCAUGAUCCCAAACAUCGCUUCUUCCCUAUCGAGUAUCCGUGGGAUGCCGGUGCUUUUGAUGCGGUCUAUGCCACAUUAGAUGCGACGCGCUGUCGAGGUUGUAACCUCGGUACCUCGGCUGCCCAGCACAGGUGCCUCUCAUGUCUGGACUUCGUCUUCUGCAUGUGGUGCAUCUCAGACCCAGACGUGCGGGCUCAGCACGACCUCACGCACCCUUUCUUCCCUUAUACAACGCACUUCGAGGAUUUAGAUGCCAUAUAUGAGGCUAGACGUCAACAAUUCGCUACAUACAAGGAUACCCCUCUGUUGGCAGACUCCAACUCGGAGAGCGAUGGCUCCACUGAUAGUGUAAGUGUCUCGCUCGCGCCCCAGAAUAUUUAUACUUACAUUAUGUUGAUUUCCAGCAGAGCAUCUCUGCAGAUGAACUUGUGCAGGUGUGUCCAAUGA